AACUUCUGCUUUUGGCGUCGGGAGAAAAAUAAUAAUUUAGGAAGAAGAUAGUUUCUAUGCAAAAAUCCAUUAAUUUUCUGGAGUCUGUGGUUGGAUAGUGAGGUUUAGACGUUUGGGGGUAGAAGGCAUUCAGAGAAGAAGUAUGGCAAAUCUUUCGGGUUUCAACGCCUCUGCUUCUGCUAAUCCAAACCCCAACAAGUCUUUCGAGGUGGUUCAGCCUCCUACUGAUAGUGUUUCUAGCCUCAGUUUCUGUCCUAAAGGCAAUUACCUUGUUGCAACUUCUUGGGAUAAUCAGGUUAGAUGUUGGGAGAUACUUAGGACAGGUAGCAGCAUGCCGAAGGCGUCAAUAUCUCAUGACCAGCCGGUUUUAUGCUCAACAUGGAAAGAAGAUGGAGCAACUGUGUUCUCAGGAGGGUGUGAUAAGCAAGUCAAAAUGUGGCCCUUGAUGUCUGGCGGCCAACCUACGACAGUCGCCAUGCAUGAUGCACCUGUCAAAGAGAUUGCUUGGAUUCCAGAAAUGAAUCUUCUUGCUACAGGGAGCUGGGACAAGACUCUUAGGUAUUGGGAUACCAGACAGCCAGCUCCAGUGCACACCCAGCAGCUCCCAGACCGCUGCUACGCUCUAACAGUUCGAUAUCCUUUGAUGGUUGUUGGCACUGCAGAUCGAAAUUUGAUAGUUUUCAACUUGCAAAACCCUCAGACGGAAUUUAAGAGAAUCAGUUCUCCUCUCAAGUAUCAGACAAGAUGCGUCGCUGCUUUUCCGGAUCAGCAAGGUUUUCUGGUGGGAUCGAUAGAGGGAAGGGUUGGUGUGCACCAUUUGGAUGAUGCCCAACAAAGUAAAAACUUCACUUUCAAAUGCCAUAGAGAAGGGAAUGAAAUAUACUCGGUCAACUCAUUAAAUUUUCAUCCUGUACACCAUACGUUUGCCACGGCAGGAUCUGAUGGCGCUUUCAACUUUUGGGAUAAAGACAGCAAACAGAGACUGAAGGCUAUGUCUAGAUGCAGUCAACCUAUUCCUUGCAGCGCUUUCAACAAUGAUGGUUCAAUAUUUGCAUAUGCGGUUUGUUAUGACUGGAGCAAGGGAGCGGAAAAUCACAAUCCAGCAGCAGCAAAGACAUACAUAUUCCUCCAUACACCACAGGAAUCUGAGGUCAAGGGAAAGCCGCGACUGGGAACCACUGGUAGGAAGUGAGCUCACCUUGGAAGUUUCAUUUGUUCAAAUGUGAAAAUGGAUGACCCUAUUUGCUUUGUUUGUUAAUCCACCUGUUUUGAAAGAAUCACGAGUUUUUUGUAGUCAUGAGAAGCAAACAUGAUCUUAUUCCCAGUCUGUGGGUGGAUCAUGGGGAAAUUUCAGGGUGGCAUUCGGCUGGGUUUUUGAGAUUUACAAUCUUCCUUUUAUAGAUGGAUGUACAGUUGGAAAUUUUGGGUGUUGCUGUGAUAUUGCAUUCCCUGGUUAUCCUAGCAUACAGGAUCUGCUCU